GUGCAUUACACAAAUAUCUUUUUCUCUCUUCGCAAAUAUUCUCUUAUUAAACAUCUUUGGCAACUCACCCUGUCGUCAGUCUCCAGUUUCCACCCCCAAAACCCUAGAAGAUGUCGGGCGGAUUCUUCAGGGGCACCUCGGCCGAUCAAGAUACGCGGUUCUCGAACAAGCAAGCGAAGCUCAUGAAAUCGCAGAAAUUCGCCGCUGAACUGGAACAUCUGGUGGACAUGACAAAAGUGAAGAUGGAUGUUAUUAGACCGUGGAUUGCUAAUAGGGUUACUGAGCUACUUGGCUUUGAAGAUGAAGUUCUCAUCAACUUCAUUUACGGCCUUCUUGAUGGAAAGGAGGUGAAUGGGAAACAGGUGCAGAUAUCACUUACUGGUUUCAUGGAGAAAAAUACUGGAAAGUUUAUGAAAGAGCUUUGGACGCUUCUCCUCAGUGCGCAAAAGAAUGCUAGUGGAGUUCCUCAGCAGUUCUUGGAUGCCAAGGAAGAAGAAACAAGGGAGAAAAAGUUGGAGGCAGAUAGGAUAGCAAAUGAAAUUCAGAAGAAGAAAGAGAAGGAAAGUAGAGAACGUGACCAAGAGAGAUUGAAGAAGAUGGACGGUGCAGUUGAAAUGAAGGCUGCUGCGGAUGCUUUGGAUCCAAACACAAAGACUAUGCUGGCAAAGGAUGCAAGUAUCCGGUCUGAGGAUGGGAAAGGACCUGGCGAGAGGAAUGGUGUGAGAGGAAGGAGCAGGGUUUCUAGGUCUCCACAGUCGGCUGGUCAUUCCCCUUCACCUCAUCGAGGUUCACCUUCCAGGUCUGUCAGCAAGUCUCAUUCCAAUUCCAGAGAUUAUUCAGGUGGCAGGCGCAAGUCAAGGAGUAUGUCUAGAUCACCUAAUGCACGAAGGCGCUCUAUUUCUUCUGACAGGGUGCACCACUCUUUGAGAAGACGGUCAAUUACACCUCGUAGGAGGCAUUCACCUCGGUUCUCCCCCUCUCCUAGACGAAGACCAUCUUAUUUAAGGCGAAGAUCUAGGUCACGAUCGCUUCGCAGAUCACCAUCUCCCUUUCGGCGUAGAUUGCAUUCACCUUUUCGACGCAAGUCACCCUCACCAAUGCGUCGUAGAUCACCAUCUCCUGUUCGUCGCCGUAGAUCGCCAUCUCCUAUUCGGCGUCGUAGGUCGCCAUCACCAGUUCGGCGUCGUAGGUCGCCGUCACCAGUGCGACGCCGUAGGUCGCCAUCACCUAUUCGACGUCGUAGGUCACCGUCACUUAUUCGACGUCGUAGAUCACCUUCACCUAUUCGGCGUCGUAGAUCACCUUCACCUAUUCGGCGCCGUAGAUCACCUUCACCUAUUCGGCGCCGUAGAUCACCUUCACCUAUUCGACGACGUAGAUCUCCUUCACCCAUGGGAAGUGAAUCCCUUUCACCUGUGCAGCGUGGAUCCCCUUCUCCUGUGCGUCGUAGGAGCCCUUCACCUGUGCAUCGUACGUCACUCUCUCCUGUGCGACGGCGGUAUCAAAGAUCUCCUUUGACUCCGCAACAUCGAUCUACAUCUCCCAUACAUCAAAGAUCACCUGUUCCUGCCCGCAUGAGACCACAGACUCCUUCCCGUCAUAGGUCUCCUUCACCCUAUGAAUCAAGUUCUCCAUCUCCUCCACGACGUAGGACUCUAUCUCCAAUCAAGAGGAAAUCUCCCAAUGACUAUAGGAGAUCACCUGUGCAAUCUCCUGGAGAGAAAAUUAGAGUCUGUGAGAGUUUUUCUCCUGCUGCACGUCGACGUUCCAGCUCUCUGAGGUCACCACCUGGAGAAUCAAAGAAUCGGAAUGAUUUACGUAAGAUGUCAGCUUUUUCACCAUCACCAGAGAGGUCUCCUACUGUAUCAGAGUCCCCUCCACGUGCAACAAGGAAAAGGAGUGCUAGUGAAGAUAGGAGGUCAUUAAGUCCAUAUGAAAGUCCUGGCAGGCAGACCUGGCAUGCAAGGAUUCAUUAUGGCAGCUUGAGUCCUCCACAAAAACCAAGAGAAAAACCUCGUCAAGGUGGUCCAGAUACAAGUAAAGAAGAAAAAGAUACCAAUCGUACUAGGGAUCAUAAAUCCGUGUCAUCACGUAGAUCUAUGCAAAAGGAAGAAUAUUCUCCAGACAGGGUAGCAUCAGAUCGUCAUCCCCCUGAAUCUAGGAGCCAACCUGAUAAGAUAGAUCUGAGGAAGAAAAACCAGGAUUUAAAGAGUGAAAAAUCCUCUGGGAGGGGUGAUCGUCCUCAAACUUUUGAUCAAGAAAGGUCACCAACCUUGCCCGGUGAGAGGCAACAGUCAUCGUACCCAGGAGAAAGUAAAAAAUCUGAUGAGAGAAACCACUCUCGUUCAAGUAAUGGCAAGGAAAGUGAUCAACGGCGUAAGUCAGCAAAUGCGACAAUGGUCGUUGAAAAAGUGGAUCAUGGCAACCGGAGUGAUAGUGUUGAUUCUGGUUCUGAGGAAAGUUACAAACACAGAGCUGACAAUAAGGAAAAGAGAAAGCAUAAAUAUGAGAGGGAAGAAGUGGCUUCAGAUGAUGACUACAGUUAUGAUUCUGAAACUGAGAGGAAGCAUGCUAAGAGGAGGAGAAAGGAAGAAAAGAAAUUAAGAAAAGAGGAAAAGCGUCGACGGCGUGAUGAGAGACGUCGUAGAAAGGAAGAGCGACGUGCAGAGAAGCACAAAUUGAAAAAUCGAAAUGAUGCUGAUGGUUCGGAUGGAGAACAUAUUUCUAGAAGGGAGUCUCAUCCAAGUGACGAUGAAGUGACAGAAUCUGAACAGAAAAGGCUUGAGAUUGAGUUACGAAAUAAGGCUUUGGAAUCCAUUAAAGCAAAGAAGAUCAACAGUCGCUAAAUAUUUUUGUCUUGGAACAUCAGAUGUUAUUUUGUCAUUUAAAUCUUGGUGACCAGUAUCUUAAUUUUCUAGGUUAAUCAUGUUUUGAAUGGGAGUAUUCUAUAUUUUGUUAACUGUUUAAUGUAGUCUGUGUUUGCUGCUGGCAGCUGAAAUGGAUAAAUGAGGAUUUCCUGAGCUAAUCUCUUGAGUGCAACUCUAUGCAGACUUUGCUGCUAAAUUUUCUGCUUUCUGGUCAAUUGAUAGAUGAAUAUUUUGUCAACUAGAUGACUUGGUUGAGCACAUCAUAUGCAGACCUACAUUCUGGACAUCAAUUCAGUUUGAGAGUUGUUCCUGGGACUUAAUUUUCUAAUAUUCUCCAUGGUGCUAUAGUUUUCGGACUCGUCCUGUCCUGAUGUUGAUAUCAGCUGUAAGGUCUGUGCAGUAUAUAUCGUGUCAUGUUAUAUGCAUGAAUAAUAUAGUAAGUUGUAUAUGAUAAUCUCAUAGCAUAUGGGAGGUGCUUGUCUUGAGUUUAGUUCUGAGCUACUGGCUGUGGUCAUCUUUGAUUUGUGCAAAGAUUUUCAUAUGCACUCUUGUUAGCAGGAAAAGUUCCUGAUGGAUUCUUUUGACCUUUUCUUGUUAAUGUUUGUAUAUAUUGUGAAUUUGCUUUUUAUUUGUAUACUUUGCAGUUGCAGAGAAUUAUCAUUUGUAUAAGUGAUUAAACGAUUAUGUUUUCCUGUUGGGAUGUGAAUCAUGUCAUGUUAAUGUUA